CGAAGCCCGGAUAAAUGUAGUGCUGGGAGGCGGGAGGGCUGCUCACAGAGGGGCUGCCAGCCAGCCAAACGGCAGCCAUGCAGUACCCGCACGCCGGGCCCGGAGCCGCCGUGGGGGUCCCCUUGUACGCGCCUACGCCACUGCUGCAGCCUGUGCAUCCGACGCCCUUCUACAUCGAUAACAUCCUGGGUAGGGGCCACGGAGCCCCGCUGCCGCCCGCUGCUCCCACUCCCACCCCCGCUCCCACCCUGCCUUCCCCCAACUCCUCUUUCACCAGCCUCGUGUCCUCCUACCGGACCCCCAUCUACGAGCCCACGCCGAUCCAUCCCGCCUUCUCCCACCACCCGGCCGCGCUGGCCGCCACUUACGGGGCAGGCACCUUCGCGGGCCCUCUCUACCCCUUCCCCCGGACGGUGAACGACUACACGCACGCCCUGCUCCGGCACGACCCCCUGGGCAAACCCCUUCUCUGGGGCCCCUUCAUGCAGAGGCCACUUCACAAAAGAAAGGGAGGACAAGUAAGGUUCUCCAAUGAUCAAACCAUCGAACUGGAAAAGAAGUUUGAGACCCAGAAAUACCUUUCCCCACCUGAGAGGAAGCGUCUUGCCAAGAUGCUACAACUCAGUGAGAGGCAGGUUAAAACCUGGUUUCAGAAUCGGCGAGCCAAGUGGAGAAGGCUAAAGCAGGAAAACCCUCAAAACAAAAAAGAAGAAUUGGAAAAUGCAGACCGUCACUGUGAUCAGAGACAAGAUAACUGUUUGCCCAGCGAGCAGAUAAAAGACAUUUCCCUGGACAGUGCACAGUGUGCUCCCUCCCCUGCUUCUCAGGGAGAUCUGGACUCCGAGAUUUCAGAGGAUUCCGAACAAGAAGUGGACAUUGAGGGGGAUAAAAGCUAUUACCAGGCAGGAUGAUGAUGAGUGGACAUCUGGAACCUGAACAAAACUGGACUUGGAAAUAAUAGCUUUUAUUUUCUUUUAAUUGGAAGAUCUCUAUAGAAGAGCUGAGGGAAGGAGGUGGGGGGAGGGGGGAGAACCAAAGGAAAUUCACUUUCCUAUCAGAAAACUAAACAAUCUGGUGCUUUGGCUAGUUAACAGAUACACGUUAACCUUGAUUUUUUUUUUUUUUUAACUAAAGAAAUAAGUUUUGAUUUUUAAGUUGUUAUGCUAAAAAUUGAUUUUGCAAUGAUUAAGCAUACUUCCCCAAGUAAAUUGCCACAACCAGAUUAGCAAUUUCUUGAUUUAAUUAAAAAAAAAAAAAAA